AGCAGAUAGAGGUGGAAACAAAGUUUCUUAUCAUGGUUAUCAAGGUUAUCGAUUAGCCAACCUUAAAUCGAAAUUACCAACGGUUCAGGCUCGAGCAUGAGAUGACAUCUGAGACACGCGAGCGGCACGCGCUUGCUGCAGCCGUGGCCGGAAACAUGCCAACAGUCGUUCCGUCAAACGUUGUUCGGAUUGUCCCUUUUCGUCAUUUACAGAGCAGUGUAGGUGUUUGUGUAGCUCUUUCGUCAACAACUACACAGCGAAAACCGAGAGGUAACAACAACAGCAACGAUAUCUUCACCAAGCUAUCGCGACUGUCGCGCACAAGACAACACGACGCAUUGCGCGCAUCACAACCCAACGCGAACCCAACAUCUACUGCAUGUCUUGUACUACACAGGAGAUCUGCAAACACCCACCUCCCCUUCCUCUUCCUCUCCUCUUGUCCUCCCCCGCACCGGGAAAAUGCCUCAAACUACUGCCUGGAGUCACAGGCAUGGAUAUGGGUAGGGAGAUGGGGGGUUUACGGUCGCCCCAGAUUCACCGGUCGGUCGUUCGUUCGGUCGGUCAGUUUGGACUAUCAUUAGUAGCCUUGUAUUCCCAUAUGCUAUCAACAUCUGAUCGAAGAGAGGUAGAGCGGCUGGGCAUCGACUAGCUAGUGUAGGC